AUUCUACUGUAUCCACAUUUUCGAAUGAAUUGCUAAUUAUUGUUCCGUUAAUAGGCACUAUUUUCCCAAAGUUCACGAAACAACCACCAAAAGAAGAGCUAUUACAUAAGGGGGACACUAUAGUACCCUGUGAAGCUGAAGGAAAUAAUAUUACGUAUUAUUGGAAAAGAGAUGGCGCUGAAUUCGACUGGACCAAACUCAGAACGGAUGCAAAUAGUGGUUCAAUAACCAUCGAUAAACCUGGCCAAUACCAAUGCUUCGCUAAAAAUGAAAAUGGCAUUGCCUCGUCAAGUACCGUGACAUUUCUUGCUAGGGGGAAAGAACCAUGGAUAUAUCCCCCUGGAGUACCCUUAGUCUUUGACACUAUUAUUACUCGAGUUAAAGAAAAUGAACCGGCUGUAUUGAAAUGUGAACCGCCAUUUUCUCGGCCGUCAACAAUUCGAUGGGAACACAUCAAUGCCGAAGGGCUGGGUGAACCAAUCAAUGAUUCGCGCAUGACAACGGGACCAGAUGGAUACUUAUACAUUUCAAACAUCAAUCAAAAAGAUAAUAGUAGUAAAUUCAAAUGUGAAUCAACACCUUUUGAACAUGAUAAACGUUAUCUUUUAGCCGUGCCUUUCUUGCACGUUGUUCCAAAUCCUGUACCACCUCCAAAAUGGCCAAUACUACAAUACGCACAACGAAAUGUAGUCGCUGUGGCAAGCAAAUCGAUUGAAAUGUUUUGUAUUUUUGGUGGAACUCCUGAACCAACG